GGAAAAACCACACGCCCGUGAAGUAAUGAAAGGCCAACACAUGCAUAUCCAUCCAUCCAUCGAUCUCUCCAUCCAUCACGAUUGCUGCUGCUCCUGCUGUGCCUUGUGUUGCGCCGCGGCGACGAUUUCCUGCAGCCCAUCCUGGUAGGCAUCCUUACCGUACGCAGCGUAACUGACAUGCCAUGGACAACACAUACACACACACACACACACGCCGACAGACACACGGUGAGUCGCUCGACGAUGGGUCGAUGUAUGUCAGCUUACAUGGACCAGAAUACGGGAGGACUCCGUUCAGCCAGCGACUCGAGAGACAGCAGCAGAGUGCCCUGCAGACAAAACAGACAGACAAACAGACAGACAGAUACUCAUGGCUGAGACGUAUGGAUGAAUUGAGGGGCGGUUGCGGCCUUACUGACCGCAGAGCCGCCCCUCCUGCGCGACGUGGUCGACCUGCAGACACACACACACACACACACGGAUGCACGCCGCUGUGUGUAUGCCUCGGUGAGUGAGUGCAGGUGUUUUCUGUACUUGGUGAUGAUGUGUGUGAAGACGUCUUCGAUGAGCUCAAUGGGGUAGAAGGGCACCUCCUCCUCAUAACGAUUGCGAUCCUGACCGAUUUCCAAUCAGUGGCUGCGGAUGAUGGCACCUGAUGUGUGUGUUGCAAUUGGUGUUUUGUGUGUUGCGAGUACCUUCUUGGCGUUGGAUAUGCCGAAGGUGACGUUGACCUUCCGCUUGCCCGAUGACGACACGUGCCGAUGCGUCACAGUCACCCAACCGUUCUUGGCCUGCACACACCACACACACAGAGACAGACACACACAGGUGAGAGCAUGGAUGUCCUAUCUGUGUGUCGUCUCUCUCACCGCAGUCACUCUAUGCUCCCUUGCCGCCACGUGCUGUCCAUAGAGGCCCGUGAGACCUCGUUCAGGGUCGAACUGAAGGAUGGCCGUGCCGAUGGCCUCGGCUGAGUCGCCCUCACGGCCAUACACAGACGCAUUUCGACCAGAAGACGCUGAACACAAACACACCCACACAUCCAUCAGCCAGCACACACAUCAGUGUGCCUGGCUCGUGCCGGCUCACGUGGCGGCUCGGGCGCCUUUCUUCUCCUGCCGAUGUGGUCCUCGGGGUCGUCCUCGCCCUCCCACUCGCCGCCCUCACCCUCAGGAGGCUCGUCGCUGUCCUCAUCCUCAUCGCUCUCACGCCUCUUCCUCGGCUUGCUCUUCCUGGGGGACUUGUGCUUCGGCUGAGCAUCGCCAUCGCCCGGUGGUGCGGCAGUCUUUCUCUUGACGGGUGUGCUGGCCUUGCGUUUGGUCUUUCCUCCUCCUGUCGCUGACGCUGCUGCCUCCUGGAUGGCGGCGAAGGGAGCGGGGCCGGGGGGCGGCAGGGGCAGCUCCUGGUCGGCCUGGGCUUGCUGCUGGGCGGAGAGCUUCUCCUUUUUGUCACGCUCUAUCUCGGCCAAGAUGCGGUCUUUCUCGGCCUUGCGGACACUCGAUUGCAGCGGCGCUUGGCUCUUUCGCUGGUCCUUUUGGACAGCGGCGGCGGACGCAUUGAGGUGCUCAGUCACAGCCGCCAGAGUGCUGCAGAACCACACACACACAUGCAAUCAGCCAGACAGCAGCACUUCUGUCCGUGUCUGGGAAAGCAGCACCUCUGCAGUUUGUCAUCCUUGGCCGGUGGGUAUCUGAAUAUGUCGCCACUCUGACACGAACAACACAACACACCAACCAUGCCAUGAGAGGCAGAUCAGAUCUCACGGUUUGGCUGUGAUUCGAUUCCCAUACCUCUGUGAAGCCACAUGCUGCCAGGAGGGCAGUGGAGUGGUCGCCGCCUGCAUCCAGCAGCUGCAAGAGAGAGAAACAAGCGUCCUGUCCUGUGUGUGUCGUGUGUGUGUCGUGUGUGUCAGUGCCUGGGUUGCUUACCUUUUCCUUGAUGGCUUGGUUGCUCUUCUUGACCACUCUGUAUUUGUUACGCUCCUCAGAUGGACACGUCGCCAGACUGAUGAACGGACAGACAGGCAGACAGACAGACAGGCCGAUGACACACCACCACAUCUCUCUCGCUGUGUGUGUGUGUGUGUGUGUGUGUGUGUGCAUGUGUGUGUGUGGUUGGCAGCCUACUUGUUGACCAGCUUGUGCAGGAUCUUGAGGGCGCCUUCACGCUUGCUGGCCUGCAGACAAACAACACAACUCGAAUGAAAUGGUCGUGAAUGAGGUUUCAUUGCGCUGUACCUCAACGUGCGUGUCGAAUGCCGUCAGAGCCGCUGUGAGAUCUCCACCGACUCCCUCACCCUCAGCCGCUGCUGCAGCCAUCUCAGUCACGCCAAUGAUCGAAGGACGCUGUCGAUGGGUGGACGCUUCACCAGGGUACUGUUGCGACCAUCAGCUGACUCAUUGCCGAGCGAAACAGCAGCACAAACAACCG